CAACAACAAAAAAAAAAAAAAAAAAACAACAACAAAAAACGGCUUUUGUAUAAUCAGUGUUAUAGGUGAAAUCGUGUUUUGUAUUUGAAACACUCAUUGAUACAUAAAGCUUAAUUCUCUGUAACUCUCAAAGAGACAUGACCAGACUUCGAUUCGAAAGAAAGAUCAAUUUGAGCCAAAAUCUGGAGUGCAGUCCUCUAAUGUAAAUAGACUGAAUGAUAGACAGAAUAACACAGGCUCUUUUUCCUUUCAGAAAAUAUCAAUAAAUGUAAUACAAGUGAUGACAACAGCUUGGUUUGAGUAGGUUUACAUAAAACAAACACUCCAACAUUUUUUGCAAAGACUUGUCCAGGCGGAAAUGAUCCCAAAGCAAAGCGUAAAAUUCUCUGAAAAGGCCAAUCUGGAAAGCCAUCAGUUCUAGCAUUUCUAAUCACAGUUUUUGUACAUGUAUAUCAAGAUUAAAGCAAAAAUGGUCUAAAUGAAUUGGGUUCACAUAUCUUUAAUUGGUGCUGUAUUUUUAAUUUGAUUAGGAAUUUUAAUCUGAAUGGCUGUGUUUAGGCGCUAUAAAAUAAAGCAGUGGAUUUAUCGAUCAAUAUACGUCGGUGUCCUAUUGUUUGCAACACUGCAGCUAAAAAGCAAAGAGAUUGAUAAUUCCAAACUGGCACCAUUAACUUCACUUAAUAUAUCAAGACAGUCGUCGUUUGAAGAAUCUAAAGGGAAUACACAUCAAAAUCAAACACCCAUACCCGAUAUUGGAAGACCGCUGGUAGUUCCUAGAAUAUGCCGAAUAUUGAAAACCGCAAAAAUUUCGGAUGGUUGGCCAUUCCGUGGAAAGUUACUCUUUGUUCGGGAUCGUCCUCUUUAUUAUUGCAGUAUUCCUAAAUGUGGAUCGACUUUUAUGGAUCAUUUUCUGUCUGUGGUAUUUCGAUGCAAUGGAUUAUGUGACCACAUUUCCAUAUCAACACUGCGUACAAAUAUGGAAACACCGAGGCUGAUGAGUAAUGCAUAUUCCUUCAUGUUUGUCCGGGAACCUUAUGCAAGAUUAUUUUCUGCGUAUGAGAAUAAACUUUUCCUUCCAAACCAACACUGGACAAUAAUAGGAGCAGAUGUUAUCAGAACAGAGAGACCCUAUGCCUCUCUUGUCAGCAAGAUGUUGGGUCAUGAUGUUACAUUCAUUGAAUUAGUUAAAUAUGUGCUGAAUUUGUACGAACGUGGAGUUAGAUUAAACGAUCAUUUAGCCCCCAUGCACAUGCACUGCGACUCUUGUGAGUUCAAAUUCAAUUUUAUAGGAAAGAUGGAAAAUAUGUCAAGCGAUCUCGUCCGUUUAGUUGAAGACUGGAAAUCGAAAGGAAUAGUUUCUAAAAGCAUCUCGUCAGCGAAAGAAAUAGAAGCAAAUAUGCUGUAUAAACGUUCAUUUGGACCAUAUAAACACAUGUUUUUAAUUCUGAAACAAUAUGGAUCAGUUAUGUCAAGAUAUAAACUGUUUCAACGCGCUUGGUCAAGCUAUCAGAUCCGAGGACUUAUUCUUAAGAAAUACAACAUGCCCUUUGCUGAACAUGAAGUUGCAAAAAUAAACUAUAUUAGAUUUGGAGAUGAAAUUAAAAAGGCUCUGGAUGCAAGCAUGGGGCAUGAAGACGAACUGAAAGCUCAAAGGAAAGAAGCAGUUGUCCAAGCUUAUAAAACAGUGCCGAUGGAACUCAUGAUGAAACUCAGAGAAUUUAUGAAACCAGAUUGUUUAUUGUUUGGUUAUGAUGUUAUGCCAGAAUUUUUGUUUAACAGAACCAGUUUGCCAAAUUCAGACGGUUUUGAUUAUUUUAAAGGUUUAUAACAUAACAUGACAAUUGUUAACAGAUAGUAUUUUUUUAUUUGGAUUGAUCAUGUUUUAGAAAAGAUUCAAUUUAGAAUUAAACUACACUGGCUCUUGUA